CUCCCCUAACCCUCAAAACAGUUCAUUCCCAAAUAUGCUCCUUCAAAUUUCAUCACUCUUCCUCUUCGCAUUACCUUAGAAGUUUUAACCUCAAAUACAAGCUGAUCCUUAAAUAAUUUCAUCAACUUACAACUUCACACGUUUUCCCAAAGUUAAACGAUUCCGUAAAACUCGUUCGGUUUUGUUUUAAAAACCCCUCUUGAUCUUCAAACAAUGGAUCAUCUUUUUGAAAUUGAUAACACUAAAACAGAGAAAAUUAACGCAAUGAGAAAGUUCAAAAGGAUUAAAAACAUAGCAAAUUUGUUUAGAUUGGUUGAGAUAUUCUUAGUUUUCAUGUUUAUUUCAUGGGUUUCAACUAAUCAUCUUUCUAAUCUACUCAAAUGUUUUGGUGAGCAUUUACAUAACCUCUCUGUUUUCGUUGCAAAACCUAAGUUUGUGUUCAUAGUUGGUAAUGCUAUUAUCCUUACUCUUUUCGCUAAAUCUGGUAACAACUCCUAUUCUUCAUCAUCAUCAUCAAGCUUUAGUAACGGGUUUUCGGAAACUAUUCAUCAUGAUCUCUACGAUGACUUCAUCAAGAACAGUAAUAGAAACAGAGCUGGCUCCAAAACAGAGGUUAAGGAAGAAGAAAUUGUGUUUCAAGAUAAAGAAACAGUGAUAGAAGAAGAAUUUAAUGAUGUUUUGGUUAGCAAGCCAGUGAGUACUGCCAUUAACGGUGAUGUGGAUUUAAUGGAUUCUAAUAACAGGGGUUAUCGACGAAGCAAAUCGGAAAAUUUGAAGAAUCACGGGGUUUAUGAGAAACAGAGUUUACCAAAAGUUGGACGAUCUGAGACUGAAAAAUACCGAAACGUUGAGAAGAAGAAGGUUUCGAGAUGUGAAGAUGUAGAGAUGAUGAGCAACGAUGAAUUGCGGAAGAAAGUAGAGGAUUUCAUUGCUAAACAAAUGAGGUUUCAUAGAGAAGAAUCCACGACUAUCGUUCUUCCAAAAACCAAGAAUGGGUAUUAAGCUAGUAAUAUUGUUAAUUACUGUGAUUAAUAUAUAAAUUAGUUGCUAAAUGAUGAUGGAAAAAGAACAAAUUGACUGUAUUUUAAUUCUCAUAAUGUAGUGUUGAAUGUAGUGCUAAAUGUUGUUGCUAAAUGUAGUGCUAAAUGUACAGGU